CACCGACGUUCCUAUUUCAAUUCCCUUCCUUCCUUCUCCCCUCCAUUAUGUUCUCUUCUUCCUUCUGAUCACCUCAAUUCUGGUAAAACUUCCUCCUGUUUGAAUUUGAAUUCUCUCCAUUUUCCUCGUCAUUUUUAAUUCCGUCUAUUGGAUUCCUUGUUCUGUUUUAUUCAAGUAUGGUCUCUGUGUGUGCGUGUGUGUGUGACUCUGUGCUUUUUCUUUUUUUUUUUAAUUUUUGGGUUCUUUUUUGUGGUUCAAUUUCGACCUUCCGUAUGAUAAUUUGAUUCGGUUAUGAUUUUGAUGAUUAGAUUGUUGAUUCUCGAUCAUCUUUAGACUUGGAGUAAUAUCGAAGAAGAAAUUAAUGCAAAUCUUUGUUAGUCAUGGUCUUCUUAGAGGUGGGCUGAGAUGAGAUGAUCCCCGGAGUAAAACAAUUUUAUCUGCUCAGGUUGAAAUGUACUCUACUCUACCAACUCUUUAUUUCCUGCAAAACUUAAUAGAGGAAUUGUCUCUACAGUUAGCUCCAAAUGUUGAGACACUCUGAUCAAAAUAUCUCAAACAUUGCUUAUAAAUUAUGUUCUACACUUCUACUUAUAUACUACUGCUAAUUUUUUAUUUGCUGAUGUUUGCCACUAAGCCUUUGGUGAUGUAUUUUCUUCCCAAGAAGUUAUCUUUUUCAGAAUAGGAAGUUUAAUGGGCUUCUAUGUGGAAGAUCUUUGGAUCAUCAUUUUUUCCGAUGAUUAACAAAGAAAGGAAAGCACUUUUUGGUUUCUUCCGUGAAUACAGAUGUUUAGUGGGAGUCCUUUGAAGACGAUAACCCCCAAAUUGAUAGGACUGAUUUGCUAACGCAACUCUAAAAAGAAACCAGCAUCAGAUGGGGUGGGGAAACAUAUAUAAGAGACGCAUGAGAAUUUUUGCAUUGGCCCUUGUAAUUUAUGUUGAUUACAAGGCUGUACAACAAAGGGAUAAAUGGACGAGGAAAUCAAAGAAAGCUGCACUCUGGCAGAAAGCUCAUGAGCGCAACGGAAGACGGGUUCUUAAAGUGAUAAUAGAGCUGGAGGGUUUAUGGGUAAAACUUGGACAGUAUCUAUCCACUCGGGCUGAUGUGCUUCCCCAGCCCUAUAUAUCGCUUCUGAAGCAGUUGCAGGAUUCCCUUCCCCCACGUCCCUUGGAAGAGGUUUGCCAGACAAUAGAAAGAGAGUUGGGAAAAUCCGUUGAAGAACUGUUCUUAAAGUACGAUGAAGUGCCAUUAGCAACUGCUUCGAUAGCGCAAGUGCACCGUGCCACUUUGAGGGAUGGCCAGAAUGUAGUUGUCAAAGUUCAACAUGAUGGCAUUAAGGAUAUAAUAUUGGAGGACCUGAAAAAUGCCAAGUCGAUAGUUGAUUGGGUAGCAUGGGCAGAACCCCAGUAUGACUUCAACCCAAUGAUAGAUGAAUGGUGUAAAGAAGCACCGAACGAAUUGGAUUUUAAUCAUGAGGCUGAAAAUAUGAGAAAAGUUUCCAGAAAUCUAGGGUGCCACGGUGAGAAAAAUGGUGAUGUACCUGCUAAUCAUGUAGACGUAUUGAUUCCAGAAGUAAUACAGUCAACUGAAAAGGUCCUCGUAUUGGAAUACAUGGACGGAAUUCGUUUGAAUGACAUCGAAUCGUUGCACUCUUUUGGCGUUGACAAACAAAAGCUUGUUGAAGAAAUAACUCGGGCAUAUGCUCACCAGAUAUAUGUUGAUGGAUUUUUCAAUGGUGAUCCUCAUCCAGGUAACUUCCUCGUGAGCAAGGAUUUUCCUCAUCGCCCAGUUCUUCUUGAUUUUGGACUCACAAAAUCAUUGUCACACUCUAUGAAGCAAGCUCUGGCUAAAAUGUUUUUGGCGUCUGUCGAGGGGGACCAAGUGGCGCUUCUAUCUGCUUUUGCAGAAAUGGGGCUGAAGUUGCGUUUGGACAUGCCAGAGCAGGCAAUGGAGAUUGCAAAUGUGUUUUUUCGUGCAUCCACACCAGCAAGUGAAGCUAUUGAAAAUGUGAAAUCUCUUGCUGAGAAAAGGGCUAGAAACAUGAAAUUGUUGCAGGAAAAGAUGAAUCUCAAUGAAAAAGAAGUGAAACAUUUUAAUCCAGUUGAUGCUUUUCCGGGUGAUAUUGUGAUAUUCACAAGGGUCAUCAAUCUGCUUAGAGGGCUUUCAUCAACAAUGAAUGCUAGAAUAGCCUAUGUUGAUAUUAUGAGACCAUUUGCUGAAUCUGUCCUACAGGGAAACUUAAACAGAGGCCCAUCAUUGAACAAUCGGUGGAUCUUCGAUAGCCCGGUCCAUUCUGAUGCCGAGCUCAAGCUUAGGAACCUCCUCAUUGCACUUGGGAAUGCUAAUAAAAUACUUGGAAUCCAGGUAUGUGCCUACAAAGAUGGUGAAGUGAUCAUUGAUACUGCUGCUGGGGACCUUGGAAAAUAUGAUCCUCGGCCUGUUCAACCUGAUAGCUUGUUUCCAGUUUUUUCUGUAACAAAGGGUAUCACAGCUGGAUUGUUGCAUUGGCUAGUUGACAAUGGGAAAUUGAGGCUUGAGGAGAACAUCUCAAAUAUUUGGCCAGAAUUUGGAUCAAAUGCUAAAGAUAGAAUAAAGGUUCAUCAUGUGCUCAAUCACACAUCUGGCUUACACAAUGCUCUGGGCACACUAAUGCGAGAAAACCCUUUGCUAGCUACUGAUUGGGAUGAAUGUUUGAAGUGCAUGGCAAUGGCAACCCCAGAAUCUGAACCUGGUAGCCAGCAGAUAUAUCAUUAUUUAUCGUUUGGCUGGAUUUGUGGAGGCAUUAUUGAGCAUGCAUCAGGAAAGCGGUUUCAGGAGGUUCUUGAAGAAGCACUUAUUCAUCCUUUAAAUGUUGAAGGCGAAUUGUAUGUUGGAAUUCCUCCAGGUGUGGAAUCCCGUCUUGCUACCCUGACAGUGGACAUGGAUGAUCUUAGUAAGCUCUCUACAGUUGGCAACCGUGAAGACCUACCUUCCACUUUCCAGCCUCAAGAUAUGCUGCGGCAAGUUGGCUCUCUUCCUGCUAUAUUCAAUGCGCUUCAAACUCGUCGAUCUAUCAUGCCCUCUGCAAAUGGGCAUUGCUCUGCUCGUGCACUUGCACGAUUCUAUGCAGCACUAGUUGAUGGUGGCUUUAUUCCCCCACCACACUGUUCUUCUGAGCCUUUACUGGGUAGCCAUCUUCACAUUCCCAAAUUCCCUUCUGCUAAGAUUGUCAAGAAAUCUAGAGCUGCCAGUAUCCGAGACGCAUUGACGGGAGCAAAGAGAGUGAGUAAAUCCCGACCAGCAGAAGAGCAUCAAACGCGCAGCGAAGGUCUACCUGGUAGGAGUGCAGAGGGUAACAGGUAUACUAAGCUUCCAACUGACCGUAGUGAUGACAAUGCAAGUGUCCCUGACAUUGCCACUUCUGAUGGGCAUCAAAUUAAGAAACUUUUCAACAACCCAAAAAUUCAUGAUGCGUUCACGGGCACUGGAGAAUAUGAGAAUCUGGCAGUUCCAGACGGCCAAUUCGGGCUUGGUUUCAGGCGAACCUACUCAAUGGAUGGUCGGCUUGUUGGCUUUGGGCAUUCCGGUAUUGGUGGCUCUAUAGGUUAUUGCAACAUAGAGCACAGGUUUGCAAUAGCUGUGACUUUGAACAAGUUGUCGAUGGGGGUAGUCACUGCUAAAAUUAUUGAUUUAGUUUGUACAGAACUAGAUAUCCCCCUGCCAAAAGAAUUGCAUAGAUUUGUGGAGGGAUCUCCGGGGAACCAGGCCGAUUCAGGAAUGCCUAUAAUUAAUUAA